AAUUAAGUGGGAUAUUUAUAUUUAAUAUACUUUGUGUCUUUGAAUAUGGAAAUAUGAGCCUAUUUGGAAGAUGCCACUUCACUUUUUACAGCAAUUGAUGACUCCACUGGUUUGCAGGUUAUUCAGUUUUUAGUCUUGUUACUGAUUUUGAUGUGGCAAUUUUGCAAUGUUAAUGCAGUACAUAUCAUUCAAAGAAGCUGCACAUGUAGGUCAUUAAGCAUAUGAACAGGGUCUGAAACCAGAGUAGAUUUUAAAUUUCUUCUGAUAAGAUAGUAGCUAACUGUGUUUAAUUUAGAGAGUCAGGUGGUUCAGUCGUGUCCCCAGUUAACUGGAUAUCACAUUAGAGUGGAUUGUUCUCAUUGAUUGAGGCUACAGGUAGAUAGUUAAACCAGGUGGGAGGAACACUGUUCCAGUUAUAGGUGACAACUUACAAGUAGAACCACUGGAAAAUGUCUGGGAAUUAUCCAAAUGUGUCUGAGAGCCCAGAAAAAAGUUCCAGGAAAUGUACAUUGAAGAAAGUGGUUCCAUUGACAAAGGAAGGGCAACCUAAAAAAUGCACACUUCACGAAAAGGAUGAAGUCCAAAGUGAAAACAGUAAGGUGUUAGAAAAGAAACAAUCAACAGAUACUGCUGUUACCACAGACAACAUUGUUCCUGCUGAUUACCAAACUAAAACCCAGAAGACCAGCAAUUCAGCAGAAUCCCAAAAGCCUGCUUUAAAACCGUCUCCCUCCAAACCUGUUUCUGAGAUUCCAGUUAAUACAAGUCAUCAAGACUCUGACAAGGAAUAUAGCAAAACACCCAGUACUGUAAGUAGUGUUACUGGAUCUAGUUCUCUAUCUUCUCGUACAAAUCCAUUCUGGCAGUAUAUGGAAGCAUCUUCAAAACUUCAGCUAUCAGAUUUAGAUGCAACUAUAAAAGAAAGGGAGCUCAGGGUGAAAGUUGUGGACAUCAUUGGGCAAGCAGAAGAAAAGUCUUCAUUAGUACCUACAAAGGAGACAAUGGCUAAUCCGAAACUUGCAUCGACUUUUGGAGGACUGAAAAGAAAACUUAAAUCAACCAACUUUGGAGCUUUUAAGAAACGAAUGCUUGAACCUACAAGUGAGGAACAGAAUUUUGAUGAACAGAUUAGUGGCAGUUCCAAAGAGAAAGUUAAAGAGCAAAUUGUGAGUAUUUCUAAACUGGAAAAGUCUACAAAUGAUUUGACAGAUUCUAAGAAAAACACUAACCCUGAUGAACUGAGUAGGCCUUUCAAAGACACAGCGGUUUGUCAGAACUAUGCUCAAGUUGGUGAGGUGAGAGGGAUUUUAGAAGAUUCCAUUAACAGUCAGAAUAAUCCUACCACUGUUGAGGUAGAGAGAUCUUCAAAUGAUACAAAAGACUUGCAAAAAAGUUGUAGCCAAGUAGAACUGAACGAGUCCUCACAGGCAUUGUUAGCUCAGUGUAAACCAUGUUUCAUUAAAUUAGUAAACUUCUUUCCAAAGCUAAUUCAAAGCCCUGUGGCAGUACCAAAACUCAAGCUGAAAAAGGACAUUCAGAGAAACUGGACUUGCAGUAUGAAAGAUUCAUUACCAUCUUUGUUCCCAAAGUCUGCUGAUAAAGACAAACAAUCAUCCAGUAUGUUCCCAAAUCAACAAACCAAAGUCAGGAAAAACAAAAGGAAGAAGAAAAAUACAUUAUCAGCCUCUGAAACUGUUCGAAAGUCUCUUACUGCAUAUGAAAGACACUACAUCUCCUAUGUCUCAGGGCAUAAGAAGUCUGUGAGCAAUAGUGCCUCAAACAGUGUUGCCGCAUCAAAUGCAUCUGAAAGUCCUGUUGCAGGUAAAUCCACCUCCAAUCACGAUAGUGGCUUGCCAACUUCUUCAGAAUACACAAGACCAUUCUCUGGCCCAUUCCGCACAUACUAUAUGUGUAAGAAAUGCCCAUUGACUCUUUAUGACAAGGAGGCUAUGUGUGAGCACAUCUGCUUACAUUUGAAUAUAAAGCCCUAUGCCUGUAAUGCUUGUUCAGUCAAAUUUGACUGCCGAGUUGCUUUGGCAUCCCAUCAAAAUGCAGAACACCCUGGGAUAGGACAGCAGUCAAAAUGUGUUAUGUCAGGUAAAGAAGAGGACCACUUCAUUAGUGUGCUCAGUGAAAAGCAUGAAGAAAAGCAAAUUGAGGAAUUGAAGGAGGUCCAAAGAAACACCCAUGGAUUGCAGAUCCAACAUUAUUACAAUUUAGACAAGCAAAAUGACACAGUAGAAAAAACUGCACGUGACUCUGAAUCAUCUGAAACCCAGCCAAAUGUUCAUUCUUAUCCACCCACAGUGUCACAAGAACACACAAGUGAGGAUGACAAAAAGGCUUCAGAUGAUCAGCAGCAGUCUUUUCAAGUGCCAUCAAUUGAAAGUAUCCCUUUGCAAGAAAAUACAUCUGAAAACCAUAAAAUAUCUGAAACCCAUAAUUUAAGUGAAAGGUUAACAGAAAGAAAGGAAACAACUGUGAGAAGCACCUUUCCAACACAGCCUAAGAGGACAAAGCAAAACAGAAGAAGAGCUGGCCGUAGGAGUUGGGCAGUGAGGUAUAGAAAAAGGCGAAGAAAUAGGUUUAAAAAAACAGGAUCCAAUUUGACAUCCACCCAGUCCAGCAUUCCAGUAUCAAGUGCCCCUUUAAGUGAAGUUGAUGGAAGUGUUGCUAAGCAAUCUCCCUCUAUACAAGAAGAGGCAGUUCAAAUCAGUAUUUCAGAAAUUGUGAAAAGGAAGUCGGCUUGCAUGGCUAAACCUGUUGCAGCCACUACCUCGACUGGUUCGAAGACAGUAGUGCAAGAGGACAUGGCAUCUGUUGUUUCUGCUUCCUUGAGUAAUAUUGAGGACAUACAGAAGAAUCAGGCCCAACCUGUUAAAACCGUGUCUCCCAAACGCGUUAGACAAGUAAGCCCAGAGAAAAAGAUAAGUUCAUCUGAAGCAAUUUCAACAGCUGUUAGCCAGUUGCGUGAACUUCAGUCAACGUAUGCUAUACCUGCAACCACUGAAUUAGCACCAUCAGAAGCUUUGAAUCAGCAACCCAAGUUUCAUUCUAUCUACAACAAUGCAACGACAUCAAAAAGCUCUGUUUCUUUACAGUCACAAGGGUCUCCUCAAAAGGAAAAGAAAAAGGUUAUGUAUGCAACAAUAGGAACACAGACAGACAGUAUGAUUGAUGAUGAAGAUGAUGAUGAUGAUGUAAUAUUCAUAGGCAUGGACCCACUACCAAAACAACCAGUUGCCACACAAACAAAAACCUCAGCAGAGAGCUCACAGAUGGCCACAAAGUCAACACAUCAGCCUGGGUCACUUAUGCAAAAUAACACUGCUGUUUCGAGCCAAGCAGCAACAAGAGCUUUACCCAACAUUCCACAGAGCGUUGUAACAACAGGCAGAGAAACCAGCAAAUCCAAGCAGAUGCCAGAAACUACUGCAGCAUUGACACUACACGAACCUCCAGCAAAUCACAACAUGAGUCCAAACCAUUCUCUGCAGUCAUCUCUAGUACCACAGCAGCUCAGAAGAGCACCGCUUUCAGGUGCUGAAAGGCAAAUUUUAGAAGAUGCACUGAGCACACAUACCCCAGUAAGUAUGGUCACAAUACCGAUGAGUCACAGUACUGGCUCUUCUGUAGAUAUUGGCUCUACAUAUACAGUUGCAGUGACUCAGGCAACUUCCAUUAUGACAACAGUGCAAACAUCUGUACAUGUCCUACCACAGCUGGGGAGAACUCCACUUAGUGAUAGCCAUCCAACUAUUACUGAAGUCUUGAAAAAGACUGAUAGACAGCUGCAACAGGGGAGCAAUUCUGUUGCACAAACAUCCAAUCCUCCAAGGGGAGGAUAUCCUUCCCAGGUGGCCAUCAAUCGAGCAUAUCUUGCCCAAGCAAGGGAACAAUCAAAAGCUGGUUUUGUACCCCAGAAAGAUGGAGUACAGCCUUCAGCGGUACAGAAUGAAAUACUGCAAGCAUUUAGACAACCCCAACAAAACAUUAGACAGCCCCUGGCAAAUCAAGCCACAGUUCAGCAAGCUGUUCAACAGCCGCCUGAGAUGACUGGUGUAAGGCAACAAGCUUUUUCAGGUAUAAGGCAAUUGUCACCACAGACUGUUUCACAACUGCAGCAAGGAAAAACUACAGCAUACAAUGCUGUGAGAGCAGCAACUGACAAACAAAGUACAACUGCCCAAGGAAGUCUUGGAUCACCAGGUUCACAAAGUAGUUCCAUGGUUAUUCCACCUCUAGCAAUGCCUGCCCAAGCCAUGCCCAUGAUUCCUCAGCAAUUUCCUAUGAUGAUGCCUAUGAUGUCUAUGAUGGCAGCUGGUCAAGGCCAACAAAUGAUGCCAACAGGCCAAAUGUCACCUUUUAUGGUACCUUAUUAUCAUAAUAGCCAGGGCAUGGGAGUUGGUCAGUCACAGCAGCCAUCAACUAUUCCAGGUCAGCAGAGAGCGUCAGAUGCCUCUCCAACCAGAGUGGUAUCUCAAGUGCCAAGUAGAACCCAACAGGCUCCUGUUCACAGACAAUCCAUGCCACAAGCACAGCAGUAUAUGCCAUUGUCCCAGCAACAGCAAGUACAGCAGCCGCAACCAAUUACAUCGCAGCAACCUAUAACAACAGUUUCUGGAGCGCAGAUUUGCAAUCCUACACAAAUGCAGAAGCAGUCUGCUAUUGUCACCCAACCUCUGGUGAGACAACUUCGGCCACCACCUCCAUUGAUCCAUGUCCCUAGGAGUCAUUUUCCACCUACUACUACUUCAACAGCACAUAUACAGCAUGAAAAACAGUCUGGUAGAAAAGGUGACCAGCCACAGGAUUUAAGAGUACGUCAAAGAGAAAACAGCGGAGAUGGCUCACCAAAAGUUACAAGCACAACUGGUGAUCAGGAUGCACUGUCUGCCAAAAACAAAACUAAUAAUAUACCAGAUUUCAGUGUAUUUAACAUAAAAGCCCCAAGGUGUCCAGAAAGUGACAAAACAAAGACUGAUUUGCCAACUUCCAUCCCUGUCAAUCAGCAAGUGCCAUCUCAGCCAUUCAACCCUAUGUUGAUGCCACAUGGAGGUGCUAUGAUGAUGGGGCCCAGCUAUCGGUACCAGCAGUGUUUUCUUGCCCCAACCAAGGAUGCUUCUGGCAAUCCAGGACUUCCAGUGACACUUGUCCAGUGUGGAUUCUGUUUCCACUGGUUUGACAGUAUGAAGAAUUUAGAACACCAUAUGUAUGAAAAGCGAAGUACUCACAAAGGGUUUGCGUGUCCCAUUUGUAACUAUGGUCCUUUAAUGGAGAUGUAUGCAGUGAAGCAGCAUUAUGAAAGGUCCCAUCCAAAUGAGCAAGUGGUCUACUUUCCAGCCGCUAGGUCACCGCAGCUUACAGCUUCUGUGCAAAAUGUCCAGGCUUAAGUUAUGGUGCUGAGGUCAGGAUAGAAAAACCUUCACUAUUAUCUGCUCCUUAUCCAAAUGGGUUUUUAGUUGUUUGAAGUCAAAUUUUUUUUUUUUUUU